GAGCGUCUCCGUGGGUGCAUCAACUAAGCUCUCCCCGCUAUUGAUAGAUCGCUACGACCUGUGGACAGGUCCAGCGGCAGACUCCAUAUAUGCUCAACAAUUUACGGAAUCAACACUGUGACGUAGUUUGCCACCACCACAAUAAAAUGUUCAACGAAGUUUUCGGCAAACAUUGAACGCGCAUUUUCAAAAAGUGCACGAUCUGUUCUACGCGUACAAGUUGUUGCUUUUGUUUGUUUGUUCGUUCUUAAUUGUACCGACUAGUAUCAUUUUUAAUAAUAAUAAUAAUUUAUUUACGUAAUUAAACAGUGCUCUUUUUGUUGCGAUGGCGGUUAACAUAACUACUGGUGCUACUAAAAAAGAAUAUCGCCACUUCAUUGCCCAAGAGGUUGCGUUAAGUCAAUCUUCUAACAUCAAGCAAUUAGGUAGGACACUGAACAAGUCUACCACCAAUUCAUCGUGCGUUUCCGACGAUUCCAAUGCAACUUAUAUUGUAUCCGAACCGAAAGAAGAAUUACGUUUAACUUACAACGUAAAUGAUUCUGCUUGGAACGGAAAAUUCGUACCGGAGCAAUCAGCGCAAGAGAAAUCGUCAACUCGCAAAAACAAGUCGUACUCUUCUUCGUCUUCACCAAAACAGACAUCUUCUAGUAAUAUUAAGGCAUAUACGGAUUCGAAAAAAUAUCAUGACACUGCUUCACACACAAUCACCACGACUACGCGUUUUGAUUCCGCUGGCAAUGCUAUUAAAGUACUGACAAAUAUCGAUAACAAUAAUGAUACUGGUGACAUCAAAUCAAAUUUGAGUGAUCAAAACGGCAAAUUAACUACCACAAUUGAUUCUCGAGAGAGUAAAAUCCAGAACGGGAAGCAACAGAGAAAAACCGAAAGCCAAAUAAAGCAAAAUGUAAAUGCAGGCUCCACUACCCAUUACGUCGACGAAGAUUAUGUGGAUACCAACACAAUCCAUAAGGCCCAAAUGUCGACAGAUUCACGUGACUUCUACGGACAUUCAAUAGACUCCAAGGGUACGUUGGUGAAGAAUGUCUACGACACCAAAGCGACCCAAAACACAAUAGGAACAUCAGGAAGGGUGGCCCAACAUACUGUAGCCGACUCAAUCGACACUAUAUAUUCAAAUGAGCGAAACUAUGGAAAAACCGGAUGGAAUGGUAAGUUCGUACGGGAGACGCCUCCGCAAACGAAAAAUAAGGACAUGGAAGUAUCUCCCAAGAAAGGCCCAGAAGGAAGUCCAUCUCCUUGCAAACCAUCUAAAAGUUCUGGAGGGAGCAUCAAUGAAAACACAUCACUUAUUGAAAUAGAAGAAGUUGAUGACGUUAAUAAAUUCAAAAACCAAAUAAGACGAGACAGUGCAAGCUCCAAUACCCAUUACGUCGACGAAGAUUAUGUGGAUACCAACACAAUCCAUAAGGCCCAAAUGUCUACAGAUUCGCGUGACUUCUACGGACAUUCAAUAGACUCCAAGGGUACGUUGGUGAAGAAUGUCUACGACACCAAAGCGACCCAAAACACAAUAGGAACAUCAGGAAGGGUGGCCCAACAUACUGUAGCCGACUCAAUCGACACUAUAUAUUCAAACGAGCGAAACUAUGGAAAAACCGGAUGGAAUGGUAAGUUCGUAUCGGAGACGCCUCCGCAAACGAAAAAUAAGGACAUGGAAGUAUCUCCCAAGAAAGGCCCAGAAGGAAGUCCAUCUCCCUCCAAACCAUCUAAAAGUUCUAGAGGCAACAUCAAUGAAAACACAUCACUUAUUGAAAUAAAAGAAGUUGAUGACGCUAAUAAAUUAAAAAACCAAAUAAGACGAGACAGUGCAAGCUCCAAUACCCAUUACGUCGACGAAGAUUAUGUGGAUACCAACACAAUCCAUAACGCCCAAAUGUCUACAGAUUCGCGUGACUUCUACGGACAUUCAAUAGACUCCAAGGGUACGUUGGUGAAGAAUGUCUACGACACCAAAGCGACCCAAAACACAAUAGGAAGUGCACCUGUCACAUACGCAAACACUAAAAGCGUGAGCGUCNCAUCUCCUUGCAAACCAUCUAAAACAUCUGGAGGAAGCAUUAAUGAAAACACAUCACUUAUUGAAAUAGAAGAAGUUGAUGACGCUAAUAAAUUCAAAAGUCAAAUAAGGCGAGACAGUGCAAGCUCCAGUGCCCGUUACGUGGACGAAGAUUAUGUGGAUGCCAAAAAAAUCCAUAACGCCCAAAUGUUGACAGAUUCGCGUGACUUCUAUGGACAUUCCGUUGAUUCCAAGAACACGUUGGUGAAAAAUGUCUACGACACUAAAGCUACCCAAAACGUAAUAGGAACAUCAGGAAGGGUGUUCCAACACAGUGCAACCGACUCAAUCGACAUGAUAUACUCGAAUGAACGAAACUAUGGAAAAACUGGAUGGAAUGGUAAGUUCGUAUCUGAGACGCCUCCGCAAUCGAAAAAUAAGGACGUGGAAGUAUCCCACAAGAAUGGGUCAGACGGAAGUCCAUCUCCUUGCAAACCAUCUAAAACAUCUGGAGGAAGCAUUAAUGAAAACACAUCACUUAUUGAAAUAGAAGAAGUUGAUGACGCUAAUAAAUUCAAAAGUCAAAUAAGGCGAGACAGUGCAAGCUCCAGUGCCCGUUACGUGGACGAAGAUUAUGUGGAUGCCAAAAAAAUCCAUAACGCCCAAAUGUUGACAGAUUCGCGUGACUUCUAUGGACAUUCCGUUGAUUCCAAGAACACGUUGGUGAAAAAUGUCUACGACACUAAAGCUACCCAAAACGUAAUAGGAACAUCAGGAAGGGUGUUCCAACACAGUGCAACCGACUCAAUCGACAUGAUAUACUCGAAUGAACGAAACUAUGGAAAAACUGGAUGGAAUGGUAAGUUCGUAUCUGAGACGCCUCCGCAAUCGAAAAAUAAGGACGUGGAAGUAUCCCACAAGAAUGGGUCAGACGGAAGUCCAUCUCCUUGCAAACCAUCUAAAACAUCUGGAGGAAGCAUUAAUGAAAACACAUCACUUAUUGAAAUAGAAGAAGUUGAUGACGCUAAUAAAUUCAAAAGUCAAAUAAGGCGAGACAGUGCAAGCUCCAGUGCCCGUUACGUGGACGAAGAUUAUGUGGAUGCCAAAAAAAUCCAUAACGCCCAAAUGUUGACAGAUUCGCGUGACUUCUAUGGACAUUCCGUUGAUUCCAAGAACACGUUGGUGAAAAAUGUCUACGACACUAAAGCUACCCAAAACGUAAUAGGAACAUCAGGAAGGGUGUUCCAACACAGUGCAACCGACUCAAUCGACAUGAUAUACUCGAAUGAACGAAACUAUGGAAAAACUGGAUGGAAUGGUAAGUUCGUAUCUGAGACGCCUCCGCAAUCGAAAAAUAAGGACGUGGAAGUAUCCCACAAGAAUGGGUCAGACGGAAGUCCAUCUCCUUGCAAACCAUCUAAAACAUCUGGAGGAAGCAUUAAUGAAAACACAUCACUUAUUGAAAUAGAAGAAGUUGAUGACGCUAAUAAAUUCAAAAGUCAAAUAAGGCGAGACAGUGCAAGCUCCAGUGCCCGUUACGUGGACGAAGAUUAUGUGGAUGCCAAAAAAAUCCAUAACGCCCAAAUGUUGACAGAUUCGCGUGACUUCUAUGGACAUUCCGUUGAUUCCAAGAACACGUUGGUGAAAAAUGUCUACGACACUAAAGCUACCCAAAACGUAAUAGGAACAUCAGGAAGGGUGUUCCAACACAGUGCAACCGACUCAAUCGACAUGAUAUACUCGAAUGAACGAAACUAUGGAAAAACUGGAUGGAAUGGUAAGUUCGUAUCUGAGACGCCUCCGCAAUCGAAAAAUAAGGACGUGGAAGUAUCCCACAAGAAUGGGUCAGACGGAAGUCCAUCUCCUUGCAAACCAUCUAAAACAUCUGGAGGAAGCAUUAAUGAAAACACAUCACUUAUUGAAAUAGAAGAAGUUGAUGACGCUAAUAAAUUCAAAAGUCAAAUAAGGCGAGACAGUGCAAGCUCCAGUGCCCGUUACGUGGACGAAGAUUAUGUGGAUGCCAAAAAAAUCCAUAACGCCCAAAUGUUGACAGAUUCGCGUGACUUCUAUGGACAUUCCGUUGAUUCCAAGAACACGUUGGUGAAAAAUGUCUACGACACUAAAGCUACCCAAAACGUAAUAGGAACAUCAGGAAGGGUGUUCCAACACAGUGCAACCGACUCAAUCGACAUGAUAUACUCGAAUGAACGAAACUAUGGAAAAACUGGAUGGAAUGGUAAGUUCGUAUCUGAGACGCCUCCGCAAUCGAAAAAUAAGGACGUGGAAGUAUCCCACAAGAAUGGGUCAGACGGAAGUCCAUCUCCUUGCAAACCAUCUAAAACAUCUGGAGGAAGCAUUAAUGAAAACACAUCACUUAUUGAAAUAGAAGAAGUUGAUGACGCUAAUAAAUUCAAAAGUCAAAUAAGGCGAGACAGUGCAAGCUCCAGUGCCCGUUACGUGGACGAAGAUUAUGUGGAUGCCAAAAAAAUCCAUAACGCCCAAAUGUUGACAGAUUCGCGUGACUUCUAUGGACAUUCCGUUGAUUCCAAGAACACGUUGGUGAAAAAUGUCUACGACACUAAAGCUACCCAAAACGUAAUAGGAACAUCAGGAAGGGUGUUCCAACACAGUGCAACCGACUCAAUCGACAUGAUAUACUCGAAUGAACGAAACUAUGGAAAAACUGGAUGGAAUGGUAAGUUCGUAUCUGAGACGCCUCCGCAAUCGAAAAAUAAGGACGUGGAAGUAUCCCACAAGAAUGGGUCAGACGGAAGUCCAUCUCCUUGCAAACCAUCUAAAACAUCUGGAGGAAGCAUUAAUGAAAACACAUCACUUAUUGAAAUAGAAGAAGUUGAUGACGCUAAUAAAUUCAAAAGUCAAAUAAGGCGAGACAGUGCAAGCUCCAGUGCCCGUUACGUGGACGAAGAUUAUGUGGAUGCCAAAAAAAUCCAUAACGCCCAAAUGUUGACAGAUUCGCGUGACUUCUAUGGACAUUCCGUUGAUUCCAAGAACACGUUGGUGAAAAAUGUCUACGACACUAAAGCUACCCAAAACGUAAUAGGAACAUCAGGAAGGGUGUUCCAACACAGUGCAACCGACUCAAUCGACAUGAUAUACUCGAAUGAACGAAACUAUGGAAAAACUGGAUGGAAUGGUAAGUUCGUAUCUGAGACGCCUCCGCAAUCGAAAAAUAAGGACGUGGAAGUAUCCCACAAGAAUGGGUCAGACGGAAGUCCAUCUCCUUGCAAACCAUCUAAAACAUCUGGAGGAAGCAUUAAUGAAAACACAUCACUUAUUGAAAUAGAAGAAGUUGAUGACGCUAAUAAAUUCAAAAGUCAAAUAAGGCGAGACAGUGCAAGCUCCAGUGCCCGUUACGUGGACGAAGAUUAUGUGGAUGCCAAAAAAAUCCAUAACGCCCAAAUGUUGACAGAUUCGCGUGACUUCUAUGGACAUUCCGUUGAUUCCAAGAACACGUUGGUGAAAAAUGUCUACGACACUAAAGCUACCCAAAACGUAAUAGGAACAUCAGGAAGGGUGUUCCAACACAGUGCAACCGACUCAAUCGACAUGAUAUACUCGAAUGAACGAAACUAUGGAAAAACUGGAUGGAAUGGUAAGUUCGUAUCUGAGACGCCUCCGCAAUCGAAAAAUAAGGACGUGGAAGUAUCCCACAAGAAUGGGUCAGACGGAAGUCCAUCUCCUUGCAAACCAUCUAAAACAUCUGGAGGAAGCAUUAAUGAAAACACAUCACUUAUUGAAAUAGAAGAAGUUGAUGACGCUAAUAAAUUCAAAAGUCAAAUAAGGCGAGACAGUGCAAGCUCCAGUGCCCGUUACGUGGACGAAGAUUAUGUGGAUGCCAAAAAAAUCCAUAACGCCCAAAUGUUGACAGAUUCGCGUGACUUCUAUGGACAUUCCGUUGAUUCCAAGAACACGUUGGUGAAAAAUGUCUACGACACUAAAGCUACCCAAAACGUAAUAGGAACAUCAGGAAGGGUGUUCCAACACAGUGCAACCGACUCAAUCGACAUGAUAUACUCGAAUGAACGAAACUAUGGAAAAACUGGAUGGAAUGGUAAGUUCGUAUCUGAGACGCCUCCGCAAUCGAAAAAUAAGGACGUGGAAGUAUCCCACAAGAAUGGGUCAGACGGAAGUCCAUCUCCUUGCAAACCAUCUAAAACAUCUGGAGGAAGCAUUAAUGAAAACACAUCACUUAUUGAAAUAGAAGAAGUUGAUGACGCUAAUAAAUUCAAAAGUCAAAUAAGGCGAGACAGUGCAAGCUCCAGUGCCCGUUACGUGGACGAAGAUUAUGUGGAUGCCAAAAAAAUCCAUAACGCCCAAAUGUUGACAGAUUCGCGUGACUUCUAUGGACAUUCCGUUGAUUCCAAGAACACGUUGGUGAAAAAUGUCUACGACACUAAAGCUACCCAAAACGUAAUAGGAACAUCAGGAAGGGUGUUCCAACACAGUGCAACCGACUCAAUCGACAUGAUAUACUCGAAUGAACGAAACUAUGGAAAAACUGGAUGGAAUGGUAAGUUCGUAUGGGAAACGCCUCCACAAACGAAAAAGGACAGGGAUGCAUCCCCCAAAAAAUGUUAAGAAAGAAAUUCAUCUCCCAGAAAACCAUCAGACCAUCAUUUUCAACAAAAAUAUUUAUAAAACAUAUUCAAUUUUAGUAACUCUUAUUUCAAAUAGAAAAAAGCUAAAAUUAUAGGUACUAUGUGCAUUUCAUAUUUUUAAAACAAACAAGAAAUUCA